AUGUUGCUCGAAUCAAAACUGCUGCGUUGCUCACUGGAGAACCAACAACAGAAACUCCUGCUCGCCAAAUUGCACCCGGUCUCGAAACAGCUCCAUAGCAAGUCGGGCCUCUCAAAUAACGCACCGUCGACGGUGCUGCUCCUGCUCCGCGGAAUCAGAGAGACCAUCCAUAUGCGAGAAUUGUCAUCGCUGCAAUCUUCCCCAUUCCUGCAACCACCGGGGCCACUUGACGGAGACAAGACAUUCUCAAAGCUGUCCGCACUCGCGACCACAAUUGCCCUCGAAUUCGAAUUCAAACCCGGAACCGAUGAUGCAAGCGACUCAGAACGCUCGUUACUAUGGCCAUGCUGGUAA